AGAGAUGUAGGAACUGGGACUCCUUUACCAGUAUCAAUAACUGCACCAAAUCUGCACUUCACAUUCUGUUUUAAGUACUGAACUUUAUUGCAAUUCAAUAAAUGCUUCUAUAUAUAAAUCACACACAAGGCCUCAAUUUUUGUAUUCCAUGAAAACAAACAAGUUACACUAAAUGGUUAUUACAGACACACAAAGACAUCUUAAAGCCAGUGCAGUAUAGAACGGUACUACAAUCAUAAUACCUGUUUGUAAGGUUAAAUAUAUAUACAUUUUUUUAAAAGCCAAAACCAUGAAAGUGGAAUACAUUAGUGAUUAAAUAUAGGAAUAUAUAGUCUAUAGCAGCUUUUUUUAAUAUUCAACUACUGUAUCUAUUUAUCUAGCAGCAACAUUGUCUAAUGACUGUUAGACAGUUUGUAUUUUCAAUCAGUAGAUGUUUCGUUCCAAUAUUUCAUACAGACUGAUGAUCACAUUAGCAAGAACAAAGAAGUUCCUACUGAAAGUCUUACUAAUGUUUGUAAGAUUAAUUACAAUACUGCAACUUCAACAAAAAAAAAUCACGUGUUCAUUUUCUCCUUCAUAUCAGAGUGUACAACACAGGCUGCAUACUUCAUUAAUAUUUUUUCCUCCAAUACAGACUAUAAAUGCGUGGAAAUUUCCAGGAGGUCUGUCUAAUCCAGGCGAAGACAUUGACACAGCAGUUCGAGAGGUUUUUGAAGAGACUGGCAUCAAGUCAGAGUUCAAGUCCAUCUUAAGCGUGAGACAGCAACACAAACACCCCGGAGCCUUCGGGAAGUCAGAUAUGUACAUCGUCUGUCGCCUGGAGCCCUCCUCCUUCGACAUCAACUUCUGCCAGCAGGAGUGCCUGAGGUGUGAGUGGAUGGCCCUCGAUGAGCUUGUGAGGACAAGACAGGCUACUCCCAUCACCAGCAACGUAGCCAAACUCUUACUUUAUGGAUACCGGGAAGGGUUUGAUAAGAUUGAUAUAACCAUGAGAGAGUUUCCAGCUGUCUACCCAGGCCUGUUCUACAAACUAUACCACAGAGAGCUGCCCGAGUCCUAUAGAAACAUUACAUGAUAGCAAUACAUUUCACAUUUCAGUAUAUUAAUAAUUUAGAAUUAUUACUGUAGUGUUAUAUAGACCAUAUUAAAAUUAUCCAUGGACUUAUUUUUAGGUUAUUAUUAGAAAGUAAUUAUUUAUUCUCUAAUAAUCUAUAAAUUAUUUUAAAAAGUAAAUACUGCUAUAAGUGUGCAUCAGAUUAUGUUUUCCUUUACUCUGUAAAGCAAACAUAAGGUAAAUAAAAUAGCUCUAUGUAG